AAGAUGCUUCUGCUGCUUUGUCUGGUGAUUGGGCUUGCCCUGCCUGCCAUGGCAGACAAAGAUCCGAGCCAAGAGCCACUCCAUGACAUACAGAAAAAAGUGAAUGACCUUUGGCAGAACUUGCUGUCUCCAGCAAUGCCUGGUAAUGAAACUGAUGGGAUGAUUUACGCCACUUGUGAGAUGAAGCCCAGCUCCAAAAUAGAUGCUGACAAGCCACAGGUGACUGGACAAGUCUUAUUCAAACAGUGUUACUCCUAUGGAAGAUUAGAAGCCAUAUUUUACUUGGACGGGUUUCCGCUGGAUAGUAACCAGUCUGGUAGAGCUAUACACAUCCACGAGCUUGGGGACCUCAGCAACGGCUGUGAAUCUACGAGAGGACACUAUAACCCUUUCAGCGUGAAUCACCCCCGUCACCCAGGCGAUUUCGGCAACUUUUUUCCUAAAGAAGGCAAAAUCAGAAAAUACAAAACGAAUCUCUCUGCCACUAUGUUUGGUCCAUACUCCAUCAUGGGCAGAUCUGUUGUGAUCCAUGAGCAGGAAGACGAUAUGGGCAAGGGCAACAAUAAGGCCAGUUUGGAAAACGGAAAUGCUGGGAAACGCCUGGCUUGCUGCGUGAUUGGGAUAUGCAACAAGAACCUGUGGGAAGAGAAACUCUCCGAGGUUACAGACAAGAAGAAGAGAGGACUCAAACAACGAGCAUAG